AUGGCGGAGGCCGGCUGGACGGUCGUCAACGUCGACGUCUCGCCGAGCGUGGUCGAGCGCAUGGCGGCGCGCCACAGGGGCGGCCCCGGACUGUCCUACGCGGUCGCGGACUGCCGGGACAUGCCGCAGUUCACGGACUGCGAGUUCGGCGGCGUCUUUGACAAGGGCACGGUCGACGCGCUGCUGUGCUCCGGGGAGGGCGUGCGCAACGUCUCCGCCAUGCUGUCUGAGGUGUCGCGCGUCCUCGCCCCCGGCGGCGCCUUCCUGCUGGUGUCGCUCGGCGACCCGGCGCGCCGGCUGUGCCUGCUGUGCCGCGAGCGGUACGACUGGGACGUGCAGGUUCUUUUUCUUUCCAAGAUCGCGCCUGGGGAGCACUCAGAGGUUGACGGCAGCGUCGCUGGCGGCCUCUGCGCCCAGCCCCCUCCAGGCGCCGCCGCCGCCGCCGCCGCGCUCGCCCCCGUGCCGCCGCGCUCGCCCUUUGCCGCUGCGGAGGGCAACAACGCGUCCGCGGCGGCGGCGGCUGCGGCGCCGCAGCGCGUGCGCAGCGUCCCUGAACUGCUGUCAGCGCCGGCGGACGGCGGCGCUGACGUGCCCGGGGACGCCCCAGCCGGCGGCCGGGCCGCUGCUGCGGGCGCACCCAAGCUGGCUGCGAGGCUUGCUGAGCUGCGGCUGGCGCAGCAGCAGCAGCAGCAGCAGGUGCAGCAGCAGCAGCAACAGCAGCAGCAGCAGCAGCAGCAGCAGCAGCAGCAGCAGCAGCAGCAGCAGCAGCAGCAGCAGCAGCAGCAGCAGCAGCAGCAGCAGCGGCGGCAGCAGCGGGAGGAGGAGGGGGAAGAGGAUGCUGGGCGGGGCGAGUGGCCGACGGAAGAUGAGGCGCGGCCCCCGAGGGACCAGCGGCGACGCGAGCCGCCAGACCCCCCCAAGCAGGGCAUCAUCCGCAUGGCUCAGUGCGACGCGGCGCCGCUGCUGCCACCCCUGGCGCCGCCUCCGCCGCUGCCGCAGCGGCUGCCCCUGCUGCCGCCGACGGCUCGGCCGCGGCCGCCGCCGCCGCCGCCGACGCUGCCGCCGCCGCCGCCGCCGCCGGGUGCUGGGCAGCGGUCCCAAUAA